AUGGCGUAAGGUUACAACGUUUUUGUUACCUAAAAAAAGGUUUUACUUGAUGAAUAUUAUAUUCUUCGUGUUAAAGUUUAAAAAUUGUUUUUUGAUGGCUAAAACAAGGUUUUUUGUAGUGUUUUACCUUUUAAACAUUGAUGUUUAUAUUGUUGUUUCAAAUUUAGGUAUGAAUAAUACUUAUCAGAUGCUGGAGAGCUUUUUAUUGAGUUUUAUUUCGUGUUUGUUAAGAUGAUAAGAUGAGGGUUUCUCGAUAAAUUUAGGCAAAAACGUUUAUUUUUGAGUUUUUGCCUUUUAAAAAUCAAAAAAAAAAAAAUUAAAAUUGUUGUUUUUUGAUGAUUUCAUUUGAAUUUCUCAAAAUUCGAUAAUUUCUCGAAUUUUCCAAAUUUGCAUAUUUCGAAUUCAAAGUCUUCGUAAGCCGAAAAUGGCGAUCCUAGCUCAUUUGAUCACUUUCACAUUCCAGGAGGCGGCCGGGAUCACUGCUCUGUGUUUUGUCGACGUGGCACUUUCCUUCUGCUCCGUGCACCGUGCUCAAGGUGGUUAGGUCCAACUCUUCGGCCGCUGUCUCGAAGCUAAACCAAACCUUAUUAUGGCUGUCAGCUGAACAUGAACUGAAAUCGAGGACUCAUGGUAACAUCAAGAAAGAAUUGAGGACUAAUGGUACCAUCAGGAAAGAAUUGAAGACUAAUGGUACUUUAAGGGCCGAAUCGAAGACUAAUGGUACUAUAAGGGUCGAAUGA